GGAGUUGAAAGUCCACUUUGCUGCAAGGUGCAGGCAUAACUGGCACCCUCUUCAAGAUCAGGCAACGCUAGGACUGGCCAUGGAUAUCCUGGAGCUAGAUGCCCACUACAGGAAAAAGGCAGCGGCCAACAAAAGGAGUUUGCUGUAUAAGCUACUGCCUUUCGCCAUCUCCUGCGCGUCGUACUUCAUCCUCUGGCUUCCUGACAACAGUGUGCAGAGUGCCAUCGUCAAAUGCCUCCCGGUCCUUUCCUUGGCGUUCUUCGUGGCUUCCCAUGCCUACAGUGUGGCCGUUUUCACACCAUAUGCCCGCCACAUUUUCCGAGGCCUGCUGUUCUCAGCAGUAGGGGACAUCUGUUUGGUGUGGUCAGAACUUUUCCUUCCAGGGACAGCUGCUUUUGCCGCCUGCCAUGUCUCCUACAUCUUAGCCUUUGGCCUGGGCCCCUUUCGGCCCCUCACCUUCCUGGUGGUUCUGGGGUUGGUGGCCACAGCAUACGUCACCCUUGUCUUUCCCUGCCUUGAGGGUGUCUUUGCCUACGCAGGGCCAGCCUAUGCGGCCGUCAUCGGCACCAUGUGCUGGCGUGCGCUGUCCCGCACAGAAGCCCAGCUGAGCACUUCGCUUGGCAGCGUGAUCUUCAUCGUGUCCGAUCUGUUUGUCGUCCUCCAUCACUUCUGCUCCUCCUCGCUGCCUCAUGCCCGCUUCCUGAUAAUGAGCACCUACUUCACAGCCCAGGCAUUGAUUGCGGUGUCUGUGGCCUCUUCCCGGAAGCUCUCUCAGAAGGAGAACUGAGCUCAGGACCUGGACUGCUGUCGAGUUUUAACCAUUUUGUGUGCAAGAGAGAGGACCACAGGAACCGGGCCUCCCGACUCCUCCCGAGUUCAGCUAUAGCUUUCUAGGCUCUGUCCUUCCUUCCUCUCAGGAGCUCAAGUCUCCUCCCUUCCCCAAAAUCAAUUUUGCUUUCUCAUCUCUUCCCUUCAUGCGCUUUCCCCAAAGCAGUGGAAAGUAGUUUGUUUACGGUAAAGCAAUAAGCUUUCACACUAUAAUGCACAGUGUUUGCAGAUCUACACGUCUGUUCAAUAGCGACAGCUUAGCAUGAAAAGCAAAAGCAAGAUUGUGGUGGGGGGAAUAAAGGGAAAUGAACCCAGAUAAUACCUGCUCUCUCCAUCUCACAAUCUGCUACUCUCGGGGCCAAAAAUCAUGUAUGAGGGGCCGUGUCAUCUGGCAUGUCACAGACCCUUGGAAAUCAAUUAGGUCCGUUCAUUUCAAUGGGUCUGUACUGAGUAGAACUAACCCCAGAUACAACCCUUGGCUUACACACAACAACCAAAAACCACACUAGGAUAAUACCUUUUAGUAACGACUGGAACAGGCACCCCCAAACUGCGGCCCUCCAGAUGUUUUGGCCUACAGCUCCCAUGAUCCCUAGCUAACAGGACCAGUGGUUGGGGAAGAUGGGAAUUGUAGUCCAAAACAUCUGGAGGGCCGAAGUUUGGGGAUGCCUGGACUGGAAUGUCACAAAACAGUGUGCAAGCUUCUCAGUUCUUCUGUCUCGUCUUCACUUUAGAUGACAAGCAAAACAACAAGUUUUGGGGGAAGGUUAAGGAAGCUUGCCAUGAUUCUGAAAGCCAUACUGAAGACUUCGCUGUCCAGCUUUGCUUCUCCACCAACACCCUGCAGCCUCAUUUUAGUGUGAAGAAGAGUUAUUG